CAUCAGUGCGCGUCCCCGCCGGUGACUGUGCUGUGCGCUCGGAGCAGCUGUCGGUCGGAUAGUAGCUGUGGGUCCACGCGGACGCGGGGACAUGGGAGCACUGUGAUUAAUUCCUGUUUCAUGAGAAACCCUCGUCGGAUUUCACUUUGCAGCAACGCUGCCGUCUCUGCAGGACUUCACGUGCGUUUUGUCUCAUGUGUGGCUGAGAGAGUGUUUCCAUAAACGAGCAUGCUUUUAUCAUUGCCUUUGUCUGUUAUGAGACUGGGUUAGGAUCUCCGGCAGCGGACCAAACUGCCCGCUUUAGUAAAGAGAGGCUAAUUUAGGCUGUAGCCUAACUUUUUCUCGGGGCAGGGAUGUCUCCGGCCCGGGUGGAUUACAUUGCUCCCUGGUGGACUUAUUGGCUUCACAAUUUUCCCCAUAUCAACCUGAGGUUUCAGCCCACUGACAACAGCUUCCACCCUGAAGAGGAGAACUACCAGCAGUCUCUCAUAUUCCUGGGCUGCGUGGCAGCUGCAGGGCUCGGCCUCAACCUGCUGUGUCUGGCCAUCUAUCUGAGCUGUCUGUGCUGCUGCCGCAAAGAUGAGGAGGAAGAGAGCAAGAAGCCCAACUCCUGCUGCGUCACCUGGUCCGCCGUCGCUGCCGGCCUCAUUACAUGCGUCGCAGUCGGUGUGGGUUUCUAUGGCAACAGUGAGACCAACGACGGUGUGUACCAAUUGACCUACUCCCUGUACAACGCCAAUCACACGCUGGGCGGCGUGGACAGUCUGGUGACUGGUACCAUGGGCAGCAUGAGGAGUGGCUUGCAUCAGCACCUCGCAAGGCUGGACGAGAUCUUCGCCACACGGGGCGACUACGUGCAGACGCUGCAGUUCAUGCAGCAGAUGGCUGACAACGUGAUCAAACAGCUGCUGGGCCUGCCUGACUGGGAGGAGGCUAAAGUGGACCUGGCAUCCAUCGCUGAUCAAACGGCAAACAUAGAGUACUACAGGUGGCUCACCUACCUGCUGCUUCUCAUCCUGGACCUGAUCAUCUGCCUGCUGGCCUGUCUGGGCCUGGCCAAGCAGUCUCGCUGGCUGCUCACCACGAUGAUGGUGUUUGGAGUGCUGACACUGGUCCUUAGCUGGACGUCACUGGGAGCUGACCUGGCCACUGCUGUGGGCACAAGUGAUUUCUGUGUGUCCCCUGACAAGUACCUCACAAGCCAGACAAAGAGUAUCAUCGGUGCUGAUAUUGUUCAUUACUACCUUUACUGCAACCAGACUCUCUCCAACCCCUUCCAGCAGCCUCUGACCAUCUUCCAGAGGUCCCUGACCACCAUGCAGAUCCAGAUCCAGAGCCUGCUGCAAUUUGCUGUACCUCUGUUCCCUACAGCUGAGAGAGACCUACUGGGUAUCCAGCAUUUGCUCAACUCCUCAGAGGCCAGUCUGCACCAGCUGACCGCCCUGCUAGACUGCAGGGGGCUCAAUAAGGACUACCUGGAUGCGAUGGUGGGGGUGUGCUAUGACGGUGUGGAGGGUGUGCUCUACCUCUGCCUCUUCUCCAUCCUCGCAGCCUGUGCCUUCACUGUCAUGCUGUGUGCCAUUCCCAGGGCAUGGAGACAAAUUGCCUGCAGGGAACGGGAUUACGACGACAUUGACGAGGAGGACCCGUUCAACCCACGAGCGAGGAGGAUAGGCUCUCAGAACCCCAACCACACCAACAUGCACAGCUUUUGCAGCUACAGCAGCAGCAUGGGCAGUCAGAGCAGCCUGCACCCGCCCGCCCCCGCUGUCUCCAACGCCCCCAUGUCUGAGUACAUGAACCAGACCGCCCUGUUCGGGGGAAAUCCACGGUACGAGAACGUGCCUCUGAUAGGACGAGGAUCUCCACCCCCUUCGUACUCUCCCAGUAUGAGGGCCACCUAUCUCUCCAUGACCGAGGAACAGAGCAGACACUUUGGGAACGAUUUCCAAGCAUAGACUUCUUUAUCUGUCUGUGGAGGGAAACAGCAUCACACACAUGCUCAACAAGAGAGGAGUGUGUGGCUAUACCAAGCACCACAAAGAACAGUGUAACAUCUAGUUUGUCCAGGACUCCAGCUUUUGUGGUCUCAGGACAAUGGAAACAUAUGUGAACUGUUCCAUGUGUUGUAUGCUCAUAAAUGAUUAAUCUCACUUUUCUGCCCCAAAUCCUUUGUUGACAAACUUAACCUGCUCUUAAUCUGUUGUAUUGUGGGUAACUGAUGAGACAGAUGAUGAAUAAUUUUGAUGAAACAGGUGAUACAGACAAUUUUGAAGAUUCAUUUCUCACUGCAGUAAAACUAAGCAACAGUUUGAAAUUAUUUGUCUCCUGUUGAAUGAAACAUUCAAUGACUUACAUUCAGGUCUCCAAAGAGAAAAAACAUGACCAUGACAGCUGAUGUAAACCGCCAUAAUAUUUUCUACAUAAUACGCUUCAUGCUUGAUACUUGUGAAGCACAAACCCAGCACUGGCAGCACACAGCAGGAGGUACUGUUGAGAUAUAAUUUAUUUACAUUCAUACACAAAGACACGCCUGUGAGUGAAGCUUUAUGUGUCUAAACCUAUGGAGAAGAGACUACCCUGAGACCAUGUCUAAUGUAAAUAAGUUGUACAAUAACAGACUGUUGUCUUAUUCUGGUUGAUUUUGUUUAAACAAUGUGCCAUUUUUUUUAUAUAUUUUUUCUAGUUUUCUGUGGCAAUGUCACAUAGAAUCACUCUUUUUUUGUAUUUUCUAAAGGGCCAUUAAUUCAUAUUGUCUGCAUAUCUAAUUCAACUAAUACAACAAGGUUGUAAUUUCUGCCAUAACUUGGGAAGCUGCGCUGCUUUAACUCUAAUUAAUAUUCAGGUAAUUAUUUUCAUCAAAACAAAUUGUACAUGUUUGGAUCGACUAACUAUGAUUUUUACAUGCGGUGUCAUUUAUUAAUAAUGGUUUUGUUAAGUGUUGUUUCUUUCAGCAUGUUACACUGUAUAGGCACUGUGAGUGGUGCUUAAUUUUGUGUGUGACCUCAGACUGGGGGGUCUAAUUGUUAGUUGAAUAAACCAGUUUUGAGUACA